AUGCAGAUCACACUGAGGACCCUGCAGCAGACCGCCUUCAAGAUCCACAUGGACGGAACCGAGUCGGUGAAAGCCUUAAAGGAAAAGAUUGAACAAGAAAAAGGGAAGGACUUCCCGGUCGCUGGGCAGAAGUUGAUUUAUGCCGGGAAAAUCCUCACAGACGACAUGGCUCUGAGCGACUGUAAGAUCGAUGAGAAGAACUUUGUGGUGAUCAUGGUGACCAAGCCAAAGGCAGCCCCCGCAGCUGCUGAGUCGUCUACAGCAGCUCCUGCAGCAGCUCCUGCAGCAGAAGCUUCAGAGGCUGCUCCUGUUGCGGCGCCUCCUGCCUCCUCCUCCUCCUCCUCAGACAGUCCUCCUGACGACACACAGUCAGCAGAGAAACCUCCUUCUUCUGGAGACACCACUUCUACGUCUGCAAGCAGCAGCAGCGACUCUGCGAACGCAAACCUAAUAAAUGAAGCCGUUUCCUCUUUGGUGACGGGGUCGUCGUACGACGCCAUGGUGACCGAGAUGAUGCUGAUGGGCUAUGAGCGGGAGCAGGUGGUCGCAGCUUUAAGAGCCAGUUUUAACAAUCCAGACCGAGCGGUGGAAUACCUCCUCACAGGAAUCCCAGGGAUGGACCAGGGGCAGGCGGCGGCUCCAGAGGCUGCUCUCCCAUCAGUGAGAGACACAGUCCCUGCUGCUCCGGGCUCUGCUCCGGCCUCUGCUCCGGCCUCCACCGGCUCCGGCUCCUCCCCCAGUGCAGCAGGAGGAAAUCCUCUGGAGUUCCUUCGAAACCAGCCCCAGUUCCAGACCAUGCGACAGCUGAUCCAGGAGAACGCCUCGCUGCUUCCAGCUCUUCUGCAGGAGAUUGGCCGAGAGAACCCAGACCUCCUACAGGAGAUCAGCAAUCACCAACAAGAAUUUAUCCAAAUGUUGAAUGAGCCAAACCAGGGAUCGGGCUCCACACCCGGAGGAGGCGGAGGUGGAGGCGGAGGAGGAGGAGCCCGUGUGGGGUCUGCAGGAGGUCAGAACUACAUCCAGAUCACACCACAGGAGAAGGAGGCCAUCGAGAGGCUAAAAGCCCUGGGGUUCCCCGAGGGCCUCGUGGUCCAGGCCUACUUCGCGUGUGAGAAGAAUGAAAACUUGGCGGCAAAUUUUCUUUUACAACAGAAUUUUGACGAAGAUUGA